GCUGUCUUUACCUGGGGUCGAGGUGAAGAUGGCCAGCUUGGUUUGGGCGACACGUCGGACCAGGAUGAACCGACGUACGUAGACGCUUUGCGCGGAGUGGGGGUCCAGCAAAUUGCCUGCGGCUCCGGACAUACCGUCGUGCUCACGACCGACGGAGAAGUCUUUACGUGGGGUAGGGGAGACGAUGGUCGGUUGGGACACGGCGAUAACGGAUGGAAGUACGUCCCACGCAUGACACAAUCGUUAGCAGGGCAGAUUGUGUUGCAGGUAACCUGUGGGAGCUACCACACGGCUGCGGUCACGGGCAACGGAGAUUUGUAUACCUGGGGCGGGGGUAUGUAUGGAAAACUAGGACACGGAGACGAAGCCGGACACGCCACACCGAAACGAGUCGAAGCCUUGGUCGGAGCCACGGUCGCUCAAAUUGCCUGCGGUUCGCGGCACACGGCCAUCGUUACCGCUAGUGGUGCGCUCUACACCUGGGGAGACAAGGAAAAUGGAGUGGCUGGUCACGGGGAAACGGAAGGUCAUCAGUACUUGCCAAGAUUGCUGGAGAGUAUGGCAGCCAAACGAGUGGCACAGAUUUCGGCGUGCGGGUUUCACACAGCCAUUGUAACGGAUGCUGGAGAGCUUUUUACUUGGGGUGAAGGAAAAUUUGGACGACUAGGACACAUGUCAGAGCGAAACUGCCACUCGCCAACGAUUGUAGAUUACAUGGUAGGGAAGAAACCCAGACAAGUCUCGUGUGGAGGUUUCCACACUGCUGUUGUAUCGGAGGAUGGACGAUUGUAUACGUUUGGAGGAGGAGAACAUGGACAGCUAGGCCACAAUGAUCGAGUAAACAAAAUGACGCCGACAUUUGUAGAGGCAUUGGAUGGAAUGUUUGUUUCGCAAAUUACCUGCGGUUGGUCUCACUCCGUCGCACUGACGGUCAAAGGGCUUGUUUACACUUGGGGCAAUGGCGAUCAUGGAAAGCUAGGCCAUGGCAACGGCCGCAAGGUUGCCGUGCCGCAAGCGGUUGAA